GCCGAUGUCCUCGGAAGUGCUUGGUUUCUUUCUUGUUUGUGCCAAAGAAUAACAAUCUUUGUUUGUGCUGCUUGUCGUAUCAAGCCAAACAUGGAGAGUAAGGUUACACGAAGGAAAUCUACCAAAGGUGAGAGACUCACAUCAAAGACUGAUGAUUUGGAAUAUAAAAGACGAGAGUAUUUGAAGGACAAACUGAAGGAGAAGGUGGAGCAUGAGCGCAGGGCACUGCAACUGGUGGAGCUUCUAUCAGGGCCUGCUGUAUCCGAAGACUUUCUUAUUAAUUGUGCUCACUUGAUCACUGCUGAUAAUUACAAGGAUAUCGUGGAGGAAAGAACCAUUGCCAAGCUCUGUGGUUACCCCAUUUGUCUGAACAAACUUGAUAGUGUACCCAACCAAAAAUAUAAAAUUUCCACCAAGACAAAUAAAAUUUACGACAUCACUGAGCGAAAGUGCUUUUGCUGCAACUUCUGUUAUAAAGCCUCAAAAUGGUUUGAAGUUCAAAUAUUGAAGACACCCCUUUGGCUUAGGGAAGAUGAGAGACCUCCUGAUGUGAAACUAAUGAAGAAACAAGACGGAGGUAGCUCAGGGCUUGAAGUAAUGCUGGUGGACAGGCCGGUGAAAGAAGCUGAUAUUGAGAAUCCUGUUCUCCCAGAAGCCCACCAGUCUGCAAUCUAUAUCAACAGCAGUGAUGAUGGGAAUCAGGAGAGUUUAAUUUCCAAAGCCUUAUCAAAGUGUCACCUAAGGGUACAUUGGGGAGAGCUUCCCCAAGACUCAGGAGACAUUCAAGGAGCUCAAGCUGAAAAAGAAAAAACGCUUUCUUGUAUCUGUCACCAUCCAAAUGAAUCUGAAACAGCAGCCAUGCAGGAUUUUUCUAUGCAGAUGCUAUCUUUUGCAAACUGUUGUCAAGAGAUUGCAGGGGAAUGCCCAAAUGCAGACUGUGAGGUUGAGGAGAGGUUUUUGAGUCAGUCUUCAGUAAGAACUGAUCACAAACAAUUUGCCACACCAUUUCUUGACAAGACUUCAAGUCUUAUACAAAUAACAGAUGAGACUGGCCCAGCUGUAAGCCAAAUCCGUAUGACCGAAGCAGGUGUGACUGAAUUGCGAGGAGUAAGCAAACCUGAAACCACAUUGGUAAAGCUCAAUUUGAUGGAGCGCCUAAAGCACACCCUUUUGGAAUGGAAGACAGACGGAACCAUGACGUUUUUGUAUGGGUCCAAUUACACCAUGGGGGACUGUUACACAUGGAAACAUGAAGAGGAAGAGGACUUAGAUGAAGAUGACAUACAGGAGACUUCAGAAGGGAGCUUGUGUUCUACUAGGGGGACAGAGAGACCUACAACCCCAGCUCCAGACUACAUUACUCUUUGCAGAGCAACUCCUGCAGUGGAUGUCGAAAUCAAAGAAUUAACCACAGAAUGUUGUCUUCCGAAAGAUUCACACAAAGGCACUGACAACCAAGAUGUUACCUGUGAGGCCAAAAGCUCGAAGGACCCUAUUCUCCCAUUGGUGGACUGCCAUUCACAACAUGUUAUCCAGAAACGCAUAGUAGUGGAGAGGCUCAAUAGAAGCCUGAAGAAAAUUGUGGGUCCUUUGCAUCUUACCAUGAGGGAUAUCUCCAGUGACCUAAACAAUCUAGUUAGGACUUUAAGGCUUACCAAUACAAGCAUCAUCCACAGAGGCCCAGAAUGGACAGUGAUUGCUGUAAUAUUCCUUCAUGUUUUAACCGAAGUCUCUCCACUACUGAGGGAGAGUUUGACCUGUCCAUCAGCAAAGGAGUUCAUAUUGUUUCUCAUGAAAGAAGUACAACUGACUGACCAGGACCUACACAGCCUCAUUAGAUUAUUCAACCCCCAAGAUGAAUUACAUCAGUAAUGCCAUAACCAGAAGUACCACUAUUCACCAGGAUUUACCAUCAGAUUUCCCAAUAAGAACUUUGGAAACACGUAUAGACAAUAUGUUGAAAGAGAAUUCAAAUGAUUAAAAAGUUAGAACACAGAACACAGAUUUAAUCACAUAGCGUUGAAAGUCUGAUCAACCCAUUUGAUAAUCAUUGUGUAAAUGCAUUUUCACUUGUCAUGUUUGAGAAUAUUCUGUAUUUUUUUUUUAAAUAAAAAAUGUGUCUUCUUGA